CUCUGUAGAGCCCACCUUAUCUAAAUAUAAAAAAAGUCUCAUCCUUGAGUAAUGUCAAAUGAAAACAAUUACUCCGGAGCUCUAAAUACAAUAAAUCUGAUUAAAAUGAGCAGUCUUAGGGUGGUUUUAGACCAGUUGUUGGCGGUACUGCGCCAUCUUGCUAUCAAGCCACACACGAAGAAGAAAAACAAACGCCAAACAAAAGAGUCGUAGAAGAAGAAGAGAAAAAGUGGGAGUGUUAGGAAUGGUCGCGACAGGAGGAACUCAGUCCAGUCACUCGAGAACUUUCUGGUUCCUCUUUCCAAUGUUUUGUUUUAAAAACGCCCGUGAAUUAACAUGUCUGUUUGCCGUCGCCGUGGGUGUGUUGACGGGUCACUCGCUGGCGAACGAGUCGGAGUUUCAGGAUGAGUUUUUGAAGCGGGAAUACUCUCUGUCCAAGCCUUACCGCGGCUUGGGCUUCUCUAGUUCCUCGUUCUGGGAUCUGAUGGGCAACGCCAUGGUCACACCUGACCACGUGAGACUGACCCCAGAUCUGCAGAGCAGACAGGGGGCAGUGUGGAGUCGCAUUCCGCUCUUCUUGCAGGACUGGGAGCUGAAGGUUCACUUCAAAAUCCACGGCGUUGGAAAGAAGAAUCUGAACGGGGAUGGAAUGGCCGUCUGGUUGACCAGAGAUCGCAUGCAGGACGGUCCUGCGUUUGGAAACGUGGCCCAGUUUGUUGGACUCGGAGUCCUCGUGGACACUUAUCCAAACUCUGAACCUGAUGACAAAUCUUUCCCGUACAUAUCGGUGAUGCUGGGGAACGGGACGGUGUCGUACGACCAUGACCGCGACGGACGCCCCUCUGUGCUCGCCGGAUGCUCGGCUUUGGUUCGCAACUCCCUCUACGACACGUUCCUCCUCGUCAGAUACUCCAGAAAUAAACUGAGGGUCAUGGUGGACGUAGACGGGAAGCAGGAGUGGAAGCCGUGUGUUGACAUCAGAGGACUGAGACUUCCCACAGGAUACUUCUUAGGUGCCUCGUCCGCCACUGGAGACUUGUCAGAUAACCACGACAUCAUCUCCAUGAAGCUGUACCAGCUGACGGUGGAGAAGACUCCAGAGGAGGAGGCGGAGGAGCAGGAGAGCAUCCUCUUACCCAGAGUGGACGACAUGGAGCAGUUCAAAGUUAUAGUCGAGGAGGAAGGGAUGAGCGGAGUCCAGCUCUUCUUCACGCUCCUCUUCUCCAUCCUGGGCGUCGGUGUCCUCGCAGUCAUCGGACUCAUGUUUUACGGACGCUGGACGGAGAAAAGACGCAAACGCUUCUAUUGAUCGGAGGACAAGUGUUUCUUUUCCUUUUAGGUUUUUUUUUUGUCUCCUUUUCUCAGACUGUAUGUGAACAUACGUUAGAAAACUAAGAGUGAACAACUUCAAGAGCUGGAGAACAUGAUAAAACAGCCCAGAUGAACAAGUGAACGUCGUGGACAGGUGAGCCACCUGUGGAAUAUCCUCUGGUAAAGCUGCUCUAGAAGAAAUAUUUAUUAUUAAAAUAAAGUGAACUCAUCUCAUUAAAGUGGGAACGAUUACAUCCCAUAGCACUGACGACACGCGAGAGAUGGAAAAACCCAGGAACUUCAGAAUCGGAUGCUGUUAUUUAUUGAUUUACUGUAGUGCAGUUACCUCUUACAGCCACUCGGUGUAACCUGCUGUGAAGACCAGUCAACCUGUGGAAAACCUUCUUUGAUGUUUAAAGGUCCAGCGUGUAAGAAAAGAAAUACUGACCUCUAGUGGUGAGACUGCAGAUUGCAACACAGGUGCGGCACAAGGGGCUACGAAAGCCAAACGUUAAAAACACUGUUCAGCAAUUCUACACUUAUACUAAACCCUAACCCUGAGUGUUACACACUGGACCUUUAAGAGCGACUCGUAAACACUGUGAUCAGCUGACGCAGUUAUGAUUAAAAAAAGGACCACGCUUUAAAAUUCGCUUUUAAUCAGAGGUCACAAACUCGUCGCCAUCUGCUGGAUGGUGUGAGUCAAUGAUGUUUCGAACCUGUGGUUAUAUAAAUAUGUGAUGGAAUGGUGCCUUAUUCUCCUGGUGUCCACCGGGUGGCGCUGCAGUUCAGACACUGACGAAAACAGUGUUUUGGUAGCAAAAUGUCCAAAAAAUGCCACCUUUUAUGCGUUUUUCGUGUAAGACGACCGAUACUCGAUGAUGUCAUAGCUCCGCCCCCCUCUCACUAACACUGUUUUCAUCGUCUGGAGUUUGUUUCCAGUUUAUUUUCUUUCCUUAUUUGUUCAGUUCCUGUGAUUGUCUACAUUGUAAUGUACACGUAUUUGAAUAAAGCUUUAUUUAAAAAUAAAAAAUAAAAACUUUUUAAUUUAAUUUAAACAAAUAUACAAUUAAAGAAAACUUCUGUUGAGAUAAAAUGUCAAUUUUUGAUUUGAUAUAAAUUCUGAUAAA